GCUCUGACGACGGGUCGCACCAGCGCUCGCCGGGACUCUCGCCAUCUCCUCCAGCACCUUGCCGUGCCGAGUCGACCUCUUGCAGGGAUCGAACGCCAUGGUUGAUGUUCGGAAUGGCGGAGGCGAGGCUUCGUCCUUCAGAGCUGUGAAUCACCCCAACGCGGCAGACGCCGCGCGCAGCGAGGAGAACGCGCCAGGCAUCGCCGCAAAAGCGACUGCGGACGAUGUAACGCCUUCGACCGUGGCGGACAAGCCCCCGAGUACUCGAACCUCGACGCCCACCACAUCCUCAGACCUCCGCCAACCAGCACCACAGACCCAGUCAGCGGUCGGCACCCCUUCAGCAGCGGAUGCGCCAGCGCAAUCGCAACCCAUGACCGCAACGACUUCUGCGUCCUCGCAUGCGUCAGCGAAAGAAUCAGGCGCCGGCGCUGCGCCUUACGGGACGCGUUCGCGGAACCGCCCAGGCACUUCGCGAAUAAACUACGCCGAGGACGUCGAGAUGGACUUCGAAGCCGCGCCCGUGCCAGCCAAUGGAACAAUAUCUGAGGCACCAUCGCGUGGGUCGCUUGCGAGCGAGGGCAGACAAUCUCCUGGAGCGAGUGGGAAGAAGGCCAACGGUACAGGCACCACGACAUGGGCGCCCACUCCGCCCUCGAAGGAAGCACCGUCCACAAUACCCGGAACUUCGAGCUUCUCAGCAAAUCCCAAUAUUGCUCCUGCACCGCAACCGAAACGACGGAAGAACGCUGCAAAUCAUGCGACCACGAAUGGGAAUCAUUCUGGCGGUCAUGCGUCGGGCCAAGCGUCUUCGCGACGAUCCACCGCCAUGAUUGCAGCUAAUCACUCGCGGGAAACGAACAUGAUGACCUUUGAGAAAUCGAAAGCUUUUUUGAAGAACGGCAAACUCGAGGCGGAUGAUGGCACCUUCUUGUCUGUGAAUGAUCACGUCUAUCUCGUCUGUGAGCCACCAGGGGAGCCAUAUUACCUCUGUAGAAUCAUGGAGUUUCUCCAUGUGGACAACAAGCCAAGUGCGCCUGUUGACUCUAUGCGCUGCAAUUGGUACUACAGGCCACGGGAUGUCUUGCGAUACAACAACGACACUCGCCUUGUCUAUUCCACUAUGCAUUCAGACAUAUGCCCAAUCACUUCCUUGCGCGGACGAUGUAAGAUUGUCCACCGGAGCGAGAUUAAAGACCUUGACGAGUAUCGGAAGACGAAGGAUUCCUUCUACUUUAUCCAGGUCUUCGAUCGCUUCAUCCACCGAUGGUAUGAAGCGAUCCCAACUUCGUCGGUCAUCAACGUCCCCGAAAAGGUGAAGAAAGCGCUAGACGAGCGGUGGAAAUACUUGGUCGUUGAGGCCGCCCGUGUGAAGGAACUGACGAGUGCGGUAAAAACUUGCAAGCGCUGUACAUCAUAUUGCGCAUCGACUGAUUCAGUUGAAUGCGCAGUUUGCCGCAACACGUACCAUAUGACUUGCGUCCGUCCGCCUCUACUGAAGAAACCAUCCAGGGGUUUCGCAUGGGCUUGCGGUCCAUGUAGUAGAGCUCAAGAGCGAAAGUUGGAGGCUCGUCGGACUCCGCUGAUUGGCGGUGCCAAUGAAGAUCCUGACGAAGAGGAGCUUCUUGACGAAGAAGAGGAAGAUGCCGGAGGUGCUACUACCACACCUAGUCCCAGUGGAUCCGAUGCACCCGUGAUCGACAAACAUCCGGGAACUCAGGCCGAGAUUGCACUUGCAAAGAUGUGGCCUAUGCGCUAUCUAGGGAUUCAUUGCCGUGUAGAAGACGCAUUGCAAUACGAUGAUCGAGCGAUCUAUCCACGUGCCAGUUCUCGCCUCGGUCCGAGACAUCAAGCUAACGUCAACGUAUGGCAUGGCCAUGUAGUCGAGCUGGUGAAGCCAGCAGAGAUCAAGAAACGUUAUGUCAAAGGACCAGGCCAUAAGAAGGAGACCAAGCUUUCCAAGGAGACUGUCGCUGCAAUGGAGGCGGACAGGGCAGAAAAAGCAAAGCGCCCAAAGUGGGUACAAGACGAGCCUGCGGGAUAUGUCCGUCGAGGCGAAGAUCUACCCAAUAAGGAUUCCAAAUGUACCGCCGAACUCCUAUUCAAAAUGCCGCCUUUGGGUGUGCAUUCAUCUAGAGGCGAGGACGACUCUCCCACAUGCACGGAGGAGCAAGUCAACGUCUACAUGGACCGUGCAAAGACAUUUGCUAAAGCUAUCGGAGUCGAGGAGUACAACACCAACUUCCUUGACAAGUGCCUACAGCUAUUUACGAAGUACCAGUACGACGCUGACGUCGCGUUGAAGCAUGUCAAGAAAAUCGACAGGCGAAAAGAUCUCCACGAACCAGAAUUGACCAAGGAAGAAAUGAAGCGGUGGGAUGACGGCGUAGCCAAAUACGGGUCUGAAAUUCGAAGUGUUCGCAUGCACGUUAAGACGAUCAGCCACGCAGAUGCAGUCAGAUACUAUUACCUCUGGAAGAAGACUCCAAAGGGCAAAGAGAUCUGGGGAGGCUAUGGAGGUCGAAAGGGAAAAAACAAAAAGGCCGAAGCUGAUGCAAAGCCUGAUUUCGGCGUGAAGGCCGAUCCUAGUACUAGAUUACUCGACGAUGUUGCAGACGACUAUGAUGAUUCCGCAUUCGAUAACGACAAGGCCAUGGCGAAGAAGCGUGGUUUUCAGUGCAAGUUUUGCUCAACUCGGUCAUCUCGGCAAUGGCGCCGAGCUCCGGGUGCUGCGCCUGGCACCAUCAUAUCCGCCGAGGGCAAGCCGAUGGCGAAAGAGAAAGCCGGCGGAUUCGUCGUUUCAUUGUGUCUGCGCUGCGCUGGUCUGUGGCGAAAGUAUGCCGUGAAGUGGGAGAACACGGAUGAAAUCGCGAAGAAGGUUGCGCAGGGUGGAGGCAAAGCUUGGAAGAGGAGGAUUGAUGAGGAACUCCUGAAAGAGGUUUACGCUGCAAACGAAGCCGCGACCCAUCCAGGGCCAGAGCUGCUCCCAGAGAUGGAGCUGAUCAGCCAACCGGUUCCUGAACCACCCAAGAAGAAAUUAAAGACGACGGCCGCCGACAAAGACAGUGGCACCGUGACGCCUAUCGCCGAACCCGUUCCAAAGAAGAAGGAGAAGGUGGAGAAACCUCCACCCCCUCCCCGAGCCCCUACUCCUCCCCCUAUUCCCGCCAAGCCUAGGAUGCGUAUCUUACCAUGUGCUGUCUGUAGGCAACUCGAACCACUCGGCGAUCAGCAUAUCAGCUGUAGUGGUUGCAAGUUGACCGUUCACCGAAAUUGCUAUGGCAUAGAGUAUAUUAGGAAUCCAAAUUGGUUCUGCGAUAUGUGUAAAAACGAUAAGAAGGAGCAAGUUUCAUAUAAUUAUUCCUGCGUGCUUUGUCCGGUCGUCGACGUUGAUAUUGACCUCGUGGAGCCUCCCAAGGUAUCUCACAAGAAGAAGACUGACAGGGAGAGGGAAAAGGAGAGACUUGAAAAAGAGCUUGUCGACAAAUUCAGAGAAGACUACCGUCAAGGACAACGCGAUAAAGGCCGGCCUGAAAUACCUCGUGGGCCAUUGAAGCGAACGGCCGACAACAACUGGGUCCACGUUCAUUGUGCGGUGUGGUGUCCAGAAACCAAAUUCGUUAAAGCCAAGACACUGGACGUUGUCGAAGGCGUGGGUGCGCCAACACUUCGAUAUGAUGGUAGCUGCAAGAUCUGUAAGACAUCGGUGGGCGCCUGUGUUUCCUGCCAUCAAUGCCAUGCCCUCUUUCACGUGGGUUGCGCACACGCGGCAAAUUAUACGUUCGGAUUUGAUAUUACACCCGUAAAGGCUACUCGUCGGGAUGCAAUUCCAACUUUCACGAUUGGUGGGGAAACCGGCUCAAUGACUGCUGCUAUCUGGUGCAAGGAGCAUACACCGAAAACCAUUGUCCAUCAGAUGAGCGAGGUAAUUGAUGAGGCUGGUACAAAUGCACUACAACUAUACGCCCAGAACUACAAGCAGGCAGACCUCACACUGACCGGGACCGCGCGGAAGGCUAGUCUCAUGGAUCAAACCACGAAAACACUACCCGCGGCGACAACAGGGCCAGCUCCAGUUAAUCGGCGCACUUCAACAACGAAUCCAACCCCGACGUCAGCGAGGCCAGGACGACCGUCCAACGCUGGGCUUCAGGUUAAAGAGGAAGAGGAGGAUACUGAAGCAAAGUCUGCGCGAUUAGAACGCCGAUGCGCUACGUGUGAUAUUGACGCGAGCCCGAAGUGGUGGAAAGUCCAGGACUCUCCGGCCCCAAAACUAAUUCCACUCACUACUAGCCAGCCAAUGGAGGGACUUGUCAUGAAUGGCGUCGACCGAGAAAACCACAUUGCCUCAGAGAAUCAACCAAGACCUGACGGAAUCCAGUUGCCCAAUGGCACAGGAGAUCACGACUAUGCGAUGCCCGACGCCACACCUCCCGCGCCUGAUGUUGCGCCCAGGCUCACGGUAGGCACAGACGUCACGAUCACCCAGAUCGCCAAGUACCUAUGUCAAAAAUGCCACUGGAAGAAGAAAAUGGCCCCUGAAGAACCAGAAGAGUUGGAGAGAGCACCGUCGCCAACACCACCAGCUCAAACUAUUCCAGAACCUCAACAGCUACCGGUCCGAUCACCCCCUCCUCCGCCGUCUUCAUAUGUUCCACCAAUGCCCAGUUGGCCGCCGAACCCUCACAUGCCACCGCAACCACCGCAUAUGCCAGAUUGGGGACCUCAUCCACCGCAAAUGAGCAACGGGAUUUCUCACCCACCGCCACCUCAUCAGCCUCAUCAACCUCAUCCUCCUCAGCAGGUACCGCCUAUGCCUCCUCACCACCAACCAUAUCAGACGCCAUACACCCCAAUGCAUCAAACGAAUGGGUACCAACAGUUUUCCGGGCCUCCAUCCUAUCAGCCUAUACAUCACGGACCUGUUCGGUCGCCCUAUCCUCCAAUCCAUACUCCUGCGCCCCUCCAUCUCUCCAAUGCUCCAAUGAUGACUAUGACAAAUGGCAUGCAUUCCCCGCACCUGCCCUACUCCCCAACUCACCCUAAUGGGCCGCCACCUCACGCCAAUGGACCGCCGCCUCAUACAAAUGGACCGCCGCCUCAGCACAAUGGGUCCAUGCCAUCAAGGCAGACAGAAAGUCCAUUCGCGUAUCCGAACCACCACGGGAGCCCGGGCCCUGGACAGCUUCACAACACGCGGCCCUCAACGCCACGCGACGUAGCGAUGAGAGAGACGCCAACAGCACCCCCUCAAGGCGACAACCGGAUGCCCGGAGGCGCGAGCGCUAGUCCGUCGUUGCGGAACCUUUUGCAUUAGAUUCUCCCGAUGUAUUUUGACUCCCCGUC